UCGCCGACACAGCUGUGUAGUGCAUGCAUAGUAAAGGAAUGCGAUUUGUUUUGAUAGUUUAGAGAUCUUUAAAGGGGGCAUGUAAUGUGUUUCGUGGACACAAAAGGAAACGGAUUACUUCGGCCUGAGACUACAAAAGAUAAUUUAACUCCAGCAGCCACAGGUCACAAUUUAAGCAUGGACUACUCUUCCCAGGAUGUCCGUCUGAAGAUCAUCGGUCUGGGCUUCAUCUUCUACACCUUCAUCUUUCUCUUCUUUCACAUCAUAUCUAAACUGCUGUUUCUCACUUAUCGCUCGCUGUCUGCCAAAGAAAAGGUCUUCUGGGAUUUAGCUGCUACACGGGCAGUGUUUGGCAUCCAGAGCAUGGUGGCGGGGCUUCGAGUGCUCAUGGAAGACUCUACUGUCUUUUCAGAUAAGAUUCUUGGGCAGGAGAACUGGUCCUGGUUUAACUUGCUGACCGCCACUGGGUUCUUCCUGUUUGAAAAUGCGGCCUUACAUGCAUCCAAUGUGGCAUUCCUGUCGUUUGAUCUGCCGUUAGCUGUGCACCACUUCUUUGCCCUGGCAGGGUUUGCGGGGGCAGUUGUGUGGGACCGGCUUGGUCAUUUCCUCCCUAUGGUGACCCUGCUGCUGGAGAUGAGCACCCCGUUCACCUGCAUCUCCUGGAUGCUGCUUAAGGCGGGCUGGUCGAAGACUCUGUUUUGGAAAGCUAACCAGUGGAUAAUGAUCCAUAUGUUUCACUGUCGGAUGAUUCUGUCCUACUAUAUGUGGUGGGUGUGCUGGAAUCAUUGGGAGGAGAUGAAUACACACAUCCCAUUGGUUCAGAGAAUACUGUUCUUUUCUGGUCUCUUCCUGCUCACCUUCUUUCUCAACCCUAUUUGGAUGCACAAGAAAACCCUGCAGCUUCUCAAUCCUGUGGACUGGAACUUUAAUAACAAACCUGUGCCAGGAAAUGGACCAGUUCAAGAUCAGGCACGAUGCAAGACCCAUGCCAACUGAUCGAUUGAAGGAAUAAGGCUUCAUGGGAAAUUCAGUCUGAAGAAGAUGCGUGGCUGUACGAGGGUGAUGAGGCCACGGUUAUGGUACUAAUUUGUGCAGUGAUGGUUUAAGAGUUUUAGGUUUAGUGCUACUACUAACUACUGCAAUUUUAUUUAUUUGUGACCUCACAGGUAAGCAAAUGCACAUUUAGUUCAGUUUGGUUUCUGUAUUUGAUGUAGCUGUGAUGCUUAGUUUUUGGCCUUUACAUCGAUGAGGACUGGCACAACACUGCAUGUUUCAGGGAGGCUGUGUUUAACCAUUUCUGGCUGUGAAUGGCCUGAAAAAUACCAUAACUUCCUUUUUAUGUUGCGUUGUACAUCCUGAAAAGCUUUUUAUGCUUUUUAUGUCUCUUCUCUCUUUUACAUUUGCAGUCUGUGAUGCACAAAGUUUCUCAUCCUUCUCUGUAUCUUCUGUUCACAGCAAGUUUUCAUCUAAUCUUAGGAGGCUCAUAUUUGUUUCUCCUAGUCAUUCAGUGUCAUGUAAGAAAAAAUUACACUUUAGAAACAUCAGUUCAAAACCAUCAGACCUUGAAUUUGGUUUCCUUUUAGCCUACUAAGAUUUUACAGAUUCUGUGUGUAAAGGUGUUCAAUAGCUGAAGGCUGUUUGGUGAAGCAGUGACUUUCUCUGAACUUUGUGGAUGCUUGACUGGGCUCUUUGUGUUUUGCAUAAACGGGGUUUGUUCUGACUGAGAGUGAAUAUCUGUGUAGAAUGGAGUGUGUGUGUGUGUGCGUGCGUGCGUGCGUGCGUGCGUGCGUGCGUGCGUGCGUGCGUGCGUGCAGAGUGAGAAGGGAUAAUGAGGAAGCUGUUUUACUUUGUUUUGAUUCAUUUUGAGUUUUAAAUACUGAUCUAGAUAUUGAUUUCUUCGCUUUUAUGUUUUACACAUUUUAAUUUAGGCAUUUAUGGUCAGGAAGGGCAUCCGGCAUAAAAUCUGUCAAAUAUGCAGUUCAUUGAUAGUCCACUGUGGCAACCCCUAACGGGAGCAACUGAAAGAAGAUGAUUUUAGGCAUUUAUAGAUUUUGUUUUAUUCUUCAGAAGAAGUUGAGGAGCAAAAGCUAACGUUGAUGACAUAUAAAGAAUAUAUAUCUACAAUAGAUGAACACGGUGCAAUAUCAUUGUACAUGUACAGUAUAAAUAAAUAUAGACAAACAUAUACAACUACUAUAUGAAGUAAUGAUAAAAGCUACUUGUGCAGCAUCGUUAUGCUUUAUCUAAGUAAAAGCCCAGGUUUAUGUGAGGAUGAGAAUGAGACGGUAUUGUCUUAUAGCAACAGGUAGAAUAAAGCCAGUGGCUAAAAGAUCUCUAACAUGUAGUGAAGAAUGGAGAAUUGUUUAGAAUAGCCUCAGUUUUGCCAUCAUCCUAUUUCCUGUCCCUGCUAGGAUCAAUCUGGUAUGGAGUUGUCCAUCUUAAUCCGUUUGAUCAGAUGCUUGAAUUUACCUUACCUACUGCUUCACUUGCAUACCUCAAUAUAACAAGUUGGGCAGUAUAGACCGGUAGAAAGACCCGAUCUUCCUCAAAAGUAAAGCUUGCUGUGGUCUCUUUGCUACAGUGUACCUGGUAUCAAGCCAAAGUUAGUAUCAGUAAGACUUUUGUCUAUCGACAGAAUAUAAUGAUGGAAUUUAUUUAUACCAGAAAUGCUUUUUAAAAACUUUGUAAUCACUUAAAUGUAUUAUGAUUGCAGUGCCAGGAUAAAAUCCACUGAAGUGCUUAAUUGACAUCAUCUGAUGCUAAUAUACCUCGACUUUGUUUUAUGUUGUAUGUUUUUACUCUUGCAGCAUCAUUUCAGGUUUAAAAAGGACCUUUCAGCUUUUUCAGCCUGUUUUUUCACAGAGCAAGUCAGAACUGCUGUCUUGUGUGAAUUCAAAGGAACAGUUGAAAGGAAUGAAUGGAAGCCAUUGGGUGCUAUCUAAGUAUCACUCAGACAUUUUUGCAUCAUAUUUUGUUCUCAGUCAGUCUUUUAAGCAAAAAAGUCUUUCUGGCUCUUAAGGCUUUUAUUAAAAUGUGUAGUAAAAGUGAUUAUUUAUAUGAAUUCCUGUUACAAUUCACAGUUAAUUUCAACUUAUGUGUUUUAAUACUGUUUAGCCAUAACAACAAGCUAGUGCUUGUGUUUUCACAAUGAGCUGACUGGCAAUCUGUUUUAUAUUUAAAUUGUAACCACUAACUAACCAGCAGUGAUUAGUGGAUGCACAAUUCAAUUUAAGUUAUUACUCUUGCAAAAAAAAAAAAAAAAAAAAAGCUUAUGUUUUUGUUUAAAAAGAUUUAGGCUUGAAAUUUAUUUCUUAAAGCUUCAGAAUUGCUGAUUGUGUUAUUGGGUAUUUUGGAGUGUUUAUAUAACUAACUAGAAGAGAUAAGUAAUAAAGAGUUUUAGCCAAGGAA